AUGAAAGGAGACACCCCAGUGAACAGCACCAUGAGUGUCGGCCAAGCCAGGAAGCUGGUGGAGCAAUUGAAGAUUGAAGCCAGUUUUUGCAGGAUCAAGGUAAGUCUUGCCAGAGGCAUCAUGCCCAUUGAAACUGAGGGGGCACAUUGCACGUGCCUUGAUGCCUUUGGUGAAUGCCCACACCUUCAUUUCCAGUCUUGAUUCCCACUACUUGCCACCCUCAGGUAUCAAAGGCGGCUGCAGACCUGAUGGCAUACUGUGAUGCCCACGCCAUUGAGGACCCCCUCAUCACCCCUGUGCCCACCUCGGAGAACCCAUUCAGGGAGAAGAAGCUCUUCUGUGCACUUCUUUGA